GCCUGCGCCUUGGCCCUCUAGGGCGAUGACCGGGAAGCUGCAGACGCUGGCAGUCUCCUAGCAACCAGGUCGCCUGGGAAUGGAAUCAGCGCUCUGGCUGGCAGACACCAGGAGACUACAGGCACUGUAAAGCAAGUGAGGCCGCUGCAGCGGUGAUUUCUACAGAGCUUCGUUUUCAAAGCCCUUUGACGGGUGUGGAAAGAUGGCUCAUGCCCGGAUCUCCAUGUAUAUGCCUCCUGACAUCGACCCCACAAAGGCUGCCAUUGCUUAUGGCUGCCGGGCCUUGCCCAAGCUAAAUGAGGAGCUGCAAUCACCGAAUCUCCAGACAAGGCAGAAAGCCUUGGUGGCUCUGUGUGACCUCAUGCACGACCCUGAGUAUGUCUAUGAGGCCAUCAAAAUAGGCUGCCUGGAGAGCCUGAAGGCCCUGCUGAAGGAUGAUGAUAACCUGGUACGGAUAAAGACCACCGAGGUGCUGUACAUCAUGGCCACCCAUAACGUAGGCAGAACUGGCUUCUUAGAGCAUGACAUCAUCCUAGCCCUGUCACACCUGCUGGAUGAUCACCAGGUCGUCUGCCGGGAGAACCUACACCAGGCAUUCAAGCAUCUGGCACAGCUGCCUGCAGGUGCCCGGGGCAUCGUCAACAGUGGCCUGAUCCCCUCGCUGGUAUGGAACCUGCAUUCAGAGGAGGAACACAUUCAGGAGAUCAUCUUGGACACUCUGGCACCAUGCCUGCAGGAGGAUGCCAGUGAGGCUCUAGAUAGCCACGCUGUGCCCUGUUUUAAGGAGAAGCUCCUCAGUGAGAACCACCAACUGCGCAGCAAGGCUGCUCGGGCACUCAUUGCUAUCAGCAUCCCCUUGGAGGGCAAGCAACAGGUGUGGCAGCAUGAAGUCAUUCCUAUCCUGGUGGAUCUGUUGUUGGAUCCUGAUGAGGAGGUACAAGGUAAUGUGGCUGGGGCCCUGAUGCACGCAGCAGUGACCACUGAAGAGCCUGUUCAAACUCCUUCCUCACCGGUGAGAAGUGAUGUUUGAGAGGACUGCUCAGAGUAAAUAUUAUCAGAACCAGAACCCCAAGAACCCAAGUAAGACUUUCCCCACUGUCCUUUCAAGGAGGCUCAGAGACCCUCCUGGUUAUCAAGAGAAACACCGAGAAGUGUGUGUCCUGGAAUUAAAGGAUCAGCUCAAGUCGGCCCUCUUGUACCAAAGGGGACUGGCUACUGGAUUCAAGUGGCAUUUCAGGUGCGAUCCUAUUUUUAAAAACAGACCACAUGAAAGGAAACCAUUCUCCUCCAGCAAAGCAGGGGCCCCAGGACCUCCGUGGUCUCACGUUCUCAUCGUGCCUCAAUCCACAGCAAGCUGACCCUGUUCCUGCCACAGGGUCCAGCCAAAGUCAGCAACACCCUGCUCCCAGGACCCUGUGCAUUUGGUGUCGACUCUGGAACCCUCUUCUGUGACAUGGCCCCACGUGUGGGUUUAGAUGCAGACCAUUUCCCCCCACAAAAUCCAAUCCAUGUGACUGUGUGGGCCCCUCUCCCAGGUCCCUUUCUAGCUGGGUAUGACUUUCUGUUUUCUCGGCCCCAAACAGUGUCUCUAGCCCCGGACUGUUUUAAGCGCUGGCCCCUUAUGUCCAACAGAAACUCUGCCCUUAAAUGUCUCCAGGCAACAAUGAACACCAGUUAUUCAGAAAACAUUUCAAAAAAAUAGAGGAGGAAGGAGUAUUUUUUUUUUAAACAUGAUUUUUAAAAUUGAUUCUUUGGGAACUUCACAUCAUGCACCCCAGUCCCAUCCACUUCCCAGUCUUUCCUCCCGCCACCCUUGUAGUCCCCUCCCCC